CAGUGGGUUUAGUCUUUGAGAGUCACAUUUCUUAUUUGGACCAGUAUAGACAGAAGUAAACCCAGCUCACUUGUUUCCUGGGACAGUUGAGUUAAGGGAUGGCUUUCACAGAGCAUUCACCGCUGACCCCUCACCGUCGGGACCUCUGUAGCCGCUCUAUCUGGCUAGCAAGGAAGAUUCGUUCAGACCUGACUGCUCUUACGGAAUCCUAUGUGAAGCAUCAGGGCCUGAACAAGAACAUCAACCUGGACUCUGCGGAUGGGGUGCCAGUGGCAAGCACUGAUCAGUGGAGUGAGCUGACCGAGGCAGAGCGACUCCAAGAGAACCUUCAAGCUUAUCGUACCUUCCAUGUUUUGUUGGCCAGGCUCUUAGAAGACCAGCAGGUGCAUUUUACCCCAACCGAAGGUGACUUCCAUCAAGCUAUACAUACCCUUCUUCUCCAGGUCGCUGCCUUUGCAUACCAGAUAGAGGAGUUAAUGAUACUCCUGGAAUACAAGAUCCCCCGCAAUGAGGCUGAUGGGAUGCCUAUUAAUGUUGGAGAUGGUGGUCUCUUUGAGAAGAAGCUGUGGGGCCUAAAGGUGCUGCAGGAGCUUUCACAGUGGACAGUAAGGUCCAUCCAUGACCUUCGUGUCAUUUCUUCUCAUCAGACUGGGAUCCCAGCACGUGGGAGCCAUUAUAUUGCUAACAACAAGAAAAUGUAGCAGUUAGUCCCUUCUCUCUUCCUUGCUUUCUCUUCUAAUGGAAUAUGCGUAGUUCCCUGGGGCCUCGCUUUCCCAUCUUAAAUUUCUAAAAAUGGUUAAGAC